AUGGUCCCCCAGCUCCCGCCGCAGAUGUUCACCACCGCCGCUCAACUUCUCGACUUGACCGACAAGAAGCUCAUGGUCGCUCUGCGUGAUGGUAGAAAACUUAUCGGUGUGCUGAGAAGCUGGGAUCAAUUCGCCAACCUUGUCCUGCAAGACACCACGGAACGGAUCUUCGUCCAGAACCUCUACGCUGAUAUCAACCGCGGCAUUUUCCUUGUUCGCGGAGAGAACGUCCUGCUGCUCGGCGAGAUUGAUCUGGACAAGGACGACAACAUCCCUGAGCCAUUCCAGCAAGCACCAGCCGAGCAGGUUUUCGCCCUACAGAAGCAAGAGAUAGAGGAGCGCAAGAAGAAAGAUAAGCGUCGGCAAGCCAAGCUGCAAGCAUACGGCUUCGAGGGUGAGCAUGGCGGAGAGACCAUUCUGUGA